AUGGUUCGGAUGGUAACCGAUCCAACAUUGGAGGCCAACCACUCCGAUGAUCAUAACAUAAGAAGGAUAGCACAACAAGAAGACUUCUCUGAUGAUGGUAGCUUUCUGUUAGAUUUGACUGAAGACUUGAAUCUGGUCUGUGAUCGUAUCAAAGUUUUUGCUCCAACACCUACGACGUCGGAACAUGAGGAGUCAUUGACUAUGGACUUUAUGGACAGCAUGUUUUGUAGUGAUGACAAUGAAAACGUCAAUCAACAUGUGGGCGAGCCGACACAGGAGGUCAAAGAAAAAUGCAACUCCAAUCAACAAAAACACUGUCAACAAUUAGUUUCUUGUCCACCCAAUACAACUACAUACUCUCAACAGGAAUUACAAAUGGAACACGCUCUACCUCAUAUUCACCAAGCUAACCAUUCAAUACCAUCAUCGCCUAUUACUGGUGACGAUACAAACACUAUGGAGGACGAAGAGUCCAUUGUUUUCAACAAAAGUAUUGCUACUCUUAGGAGCAGUGACAUUUUUAACAUUACAGUCCAAUCAAGCUCCCUAGGUACAGACUUUAUUCCAUCUUCCCCAAUCUCACUCCCAUCUUUUAGAGAUUUUUAUGGUGGUGACGAACUAUCACAUAAAUCAAGUCAAAAUGAAAAUUAUGAUUCUGAUGUCACUGAAAUUCCUUGUGUCAAUAACCUAAGGAUCAACAGAAAAGAGAUAAAGCAAACGAAACUAAAAAGAACAAACAAGAAAAUUCAGAAAAAAACUGUGAUCGAGUUAUCAGAAAGCGAAAAGUCUGACAACGAAGGCAGUGAAAAUAACGAAAUAUUAAAAACCAACUGCCCUAAUAGAUCUCCUCGAAUUACUGAACAGGAUAAGGAACACUUUGGUGACGCGUCUAAAUGGAAGGGUGUUACCAAUGCCAAUUUUUUGGUCAAGAACAAAAGAAUUUAUGGACAUGUUGAAGGAGUACUCACAACAUAUGACAAGAGAAUAGACUGUUCGCAAUCAAAAACUCAUAGACCUCCCCAGUGUGGAAUUUUUGGAAACGGUAACAACGAUGAAGCAGCAGAAUCAAUUUGUGCAUCCUCUAUGGGUGGAUAUGGUGAUGAGGAUUAUGGAGAUAUUUUAAUUUACACAGGGCAGGGAGGCUCUGAAACGCAAGAUCAAAAGCUUAACAGUGUCAAUAAGAGCUUAACUUUGAAUAUGACAAAGAAAAUACCAGUACGUGUUGUGAGAGGUUAUCAAUUACAAACUAAAUAUGCCCCAAAAAGUGGGUACAGAUAUGAUGGUUUGUAUUGGGUUACAAAUUAUUGGAAAGAGAAACAAGUCCUGAAAAAUGGAACGCUAGGGGCCAAAGUUUUCAAGUUUAGAUUGGUUCGUCUUGAUGGUCAACCUCCUAUACCAGUACAAAAAGAUUUUAAGAACACUAACACAAAGGUAGAAAAGGUAACGAGAGCACAGUAUUUGAAAACGAGCUCCAAAUCUUUUAGUAACAGCAGCAAGUCAAGUAGGUCGGAUAAUCCUAGUACUAAUUCUGAAAGAGGUAAACGUAGAGGACACAAGCGAAAAGCUAGGGAAAUCAAAGUAAAGCUUGAAGAGUCCAAUAUUAGUGAAGAAAAUUCUGGCAUUCAAGAUAGUGACGAGAUUGAGGAACAUUGUAUUCUUUCUAGACAGAUGAAAGGAAAAGGCAAUUCUUUUUUGAAAACACCUCUCAAGAAUAACGACCAAUAUUAUUAUUUUAGAGAAAGAGAACAAGCAAUCACUACGUAUUCUCAACAAUAUGGACAUGUAACGAGCCAAUAUGAUAGAGCCCAUUUAUUUAAACACUUGAAUCCCAUUCGAUUUAUCAAUAACACCGUUAUGAGAAACGUCCAUAGAAAUAUGAAGGAUUCAGAGGUCACACAUUCGAAUUUAUCCAGUCCUCAACAAUCACUUAUUCAUUGGCAUGGAUCAUCUUCAGAAUUUACAGAAAUACCUCUCUUUUUUAGAAAUGAACCUGAUGGAGUUUUUAUGGAAACUCCAGAGCAACAACUUCGAUAUGUGUACAAAUAUGGCCGGUCCAUCGGAAAUAAUUUUAAUAUUUUUGAUAAUAUUGAGAGUGUAGUGAACACAAUGAUCACUCAACCAGCCGAUAGAGAAAACGAGGGAAAUUUGUCAAACCAAUUAAUAACUUCAGAUAACAUUGAAAACACGAAUGUCUUCUCAUCAGAAGAUAUCACGAACAAAGAAACAGCAAGUAGUUCAGAAAAGGACGAAAUUAUCUUCAGACCUUUCAAAAUUCUAAAACGUUAUGACAAUCUUGGCAAUGGAUCCAUUAUAUCAACAUCUUAUAUGCUUUCUGAAAUCAAUACUAAGGAUUUUUUGGAAAUUUUAUGUGCACGUUCAUUUGGAAAACGACAGCUUCGCUCUGAAUUAGAAUAUCAAGAUUUAUUGCUAUUAAUUGAAAAGUUUCUUAUGAGAGAACGCGAAAUUUUGCAACUUGAAAUCUCUCCCAGCACCUCUACAACAAUCCUUCAAGCUAGAAAGAAGGAACACUUUAACAGAAUUUCUCAAGUCAUCGAAAAACUCUAA